AUGGUCUCCCAGCAUUCCGAACCUAUCGCUAUUGUCGGGAGUGGCUGUCGCUUCCCCGGAGGAGCCUCAUCCCCUUCGGCUCUGUGGAAGUUGCUCGAGAAGCCUCGCGACGCGUGUCUUGAAAUUCCUAAGGACCGCUUCGAUACCACGGGUUUCUAUCAUCCGGAUGGGAGCCACCAUGGAACCACAAAUGUGCAACAUGCCUAUCUCCUGCAGGAGGACCUGAAGGUAUUCGACACCGCCUUCUUCAACAUCAGUCCGAACGAGGCGGAUUCGAUCGAUCCGCAACAGCGUCUCCUCAUGGAGACGGUGUACGAGGCCCUCGAGUCUGGUGGGCACACCUUGGAUGGGUUGCGUGGGUCAGACACGGCAGUGUAUGUGGGAACAAUGGGGGUGGACUACCUGGACACUCUUCUCCGCGACGUCAACACCACCCCUACCUACCUUGCUACCGGCACCAACCGCGCCAUCAUCUCAAACCGUGUCUCCUACUUCUUUGACUGGCAUGGCCCCAGUAUGACAAUCGACACGGCCUGUUCUUCAAGUUUGGUUGCAGUGCAUCAGGGUGUUCAGGCCUUACGAUCCGGUGAAUCGCGUGUGGCCGUGGCAUGCGGUACGCAAGUGAUUUUAGGGCCGGAGUUGUUCAUCUUUGAAAGCAAAAUGAAAAUGCUGUCACCCACGGGCCGUUCCCGGAUGUGGGAUGCUGAUGCCGAUGGCUAUGCUCGUGGAGAAGGCGUAGCUGCAAUCGUGUUAAAGCGCCUGAGUGAUGCCCUUGCGGAUGGGGAUCACAUUGAAUGUUUGAUCCGCGGAACAGGAGCGAACCAAGACGGAUUUUCCAACGGCAUUACCGUACCAAGCACCGAGGCACAAGCAGCGCUCAUCCGUCAAACCUACGCACGAGCCGGGCUGGAUCCGGCCAAUCCUCUGCAUCGCCCCCAGUUCUUCGAGGCUCAUGGAACGGGUACCAAAGCCGGAGACCCAAAAGAAGCUGCUGCAAUCCAUCAGAUUUUCGGUCAACGAGGCGAUGAUGAGGCGCCACUAUAUGUGGGUUCAGCAAAAACUGUCAUCGGUCAUACAGAGGGUGCCGCAGGCCUCGCGGGCCUCCUGAAAGCUUCGGGUAUUAUUCAGAAGGCGUUUAUUCCUCCCAACCUGCUCUUUAACCACCUGAAUCCUUCAAUCGAGCCGUUUUAUAAGGGCCUGCAAGUCCCCACGAGUCGGCUCCCUUGGCCUCAGCUUCCAGAAGGGGUUCCUCGACGUGUUAGUGUUAACAGCUUUGGCUUUGGUGGUAGUAAUGCCCACGCUAUUCUCGAGGAGUAUAAGCCGACAGGAAUCGAAAAGGCCUCCGCGAUUCAGGCGCAGUCUGCGCCAUUGACCCCAUUUGUUUUCUCUGCCGUUUCGGACUCGUCUCUCGCUGACCAACUUCAGGCUUAUUCCGAUUACUUGAAGGAGUGUCCCCAUAUCGAUCCACUGGAUCUGGCAUACACACUUCACGCACGCAGAAGCCGGCUACCGGUCAAGACUGCCUUCUCCGCGACCACAAUUGAGCAGCUGGUGUCUAAGAUCGAUGAUAAGCUUGUUGACUUGAAGCGAACUCCCGGCACUACUGUGGGCAUUCGGUCCAACAACAAGCAAGCGACUCCCCAUAUUCUUGGCGUAUUCACUGGGCAAGGCGCGCAGUGGGCUGCCAUGGGCGCCCAGUUGAUCCGUUCGUCAGAAUACGUACGCAGGCGCGUUCAAGACCUCCAGGAAUCGCUAGCUACUCUGCCAUCCACUGAUCGUCCGCCAUGGGACCUCCAAGAGCAGAUGCUCGCUGGAGCGGAGACUUCCCGGAUUGCUGAAGCCGCUUUGUCUCAACCCCUGUGUACCGCAGUCCAGAUCGUCCUUGUCGAUAUCCUGAAGGCCGCUGGUGUCACCUUCAAUGCGGUUGUUGGCCAUUCUUCUGGAGAAAUUGGGGCAGCAUAUGCUGCAGGCUUUUUCUCCGCCCAUGAUGCUAUUCGCAUUGCUUACUAUCGAGGGCUCUACGCUCGUCUGGCGGGCAAUUCGAGCACCGGGCAAAAAGGGUCGAUGAUGGCGGUAGGAACCUCUUUGGAAGACGCGCAAGAUCUCAUUCAACUUGGAGCCUUCAAAGGCCGACUAGCCGUCGCGGCCCAUAAUUCCUCGGCCAGUGUAACGCUUUCCGGUGAUGCUGACGCCGUGAUACUCGCCAAGAAGGUGUUCGAUGAAGAGAAGAAAUUUGCCAGACUGCUAAAGGUAGACACAGCCUAUCACUCCCCUCAUAUGUUGCCAUGUGGAGACCCAUACGUCCACGCAUUGCAAUCGUGCGGCAUCGUCGUGAAUCAAGAACGAAGCACAACUUGUUCUUGGUUCUCCAGUGUUACCCCCAAUGAGCAAGCCAUGCAACCCGAAGACAACCUCCAAGCUAUUUACUGGCGGGAUAACAUGACGAACUCAGUCCUUUUUUGCGAUGCUGUAAGAAAUGCUGUUGCAAGUGAUCCGCAGCUCUCCCUCGCCAUUGAAGUCGGACCCCAUCCUGCCCUGAAAGGCCCGGCUGUACAAAACAUCUCGGACGUUCGCCCGAGCCCUCUUCCGUACACGGGUCUAUUGAGCCGUGGAAAGGACGACGUCGAAGCCUUAUCCGACGGACUUGGUUUUAUCUGGACGCAUACUGGUGGGUCCGGUGUCGACUUGCAGUCCUUUGAGAAAGCUGUAUCCGGACGCACAUCACAGCCCAAGUUAGUGGUCGGUUUGCCAUCCUAUUGUUGGAACCACAGUCGAACACAUUGGUAUGAAUCACGCCGAUCACGGAAAAUGCUUGGGCGAAAGCAACCUUUCCAUGAGAUCCUCGGCGUCCUGUCUCCAGAUUCGACGCCGCGCGAUAUGCGUUGGACGAAUGUGCUCAAAGUAUCAGAGAUUCCAUGGCUCGACGGACAUCAGCUACAAAACCAAACGGUCUUUCCAGCAGCUGGGUACGUUGCCAUGGCAUUCGAAGCAACCAAAAUCCUUGCUUCAAACCGGCCUGUUCGGUUCCUGGAACUCGAAAACCUGAACAUUCCGCGGGCUAUCACCUUUGAUGAUGAUGGAAACACUGGGGUCGAGACACUUGUGACCCUGACAGCUAUCUCAUCCGACAACGCCGCCACGACGGCUGAUUUCUCAUGCUACUCUUCCCCGGCAUCGGCAGUCGAUCAAGAGAUGGAACUGACGGCGAGUGGGUCGGUGAGAGUUGUCUUCGGCACUUCCGACGUCGCCACUCUCUGUUCUACCCCCUUGAAUGAGUAUAACAUGGCUACAAUUGACGCUGAUACAUUCUACACCACGCUUGGCAGUCUCGGAUAUGGAUAUCACGGCACAUUCCGAGGUAUGUCAUCUCUUAAGCGACGGCUAAACAGCUCUUCUGUCAUGGUAGAGACAUACGCCUACACCGAUGCCGAUUCUUCCACCUACCUCGUUCAUCCUACCAUGCUAGACGUCGCCUUCCAAGCAUCGAUGCUUGCCUACUCUGCUCCUGAGGAUGAACGGCUCUGGUCCCUCCACGUGCCGACCUCCAUCCGGAAUAUUCGAGUUAACCCAGAGCUUUGCUCCUCGUUGCCAACAUCCGGGUCUCAUGUGCCCGUGUGCGCAUCUCUGGAUGACUCCGAAUCCUUCCGUGCGAGUAUUGACAUUUUUGCCCACGAUGGAAAGCACGCGAUGAUCCAAGUUGAGGAUCUGACCAUCAAGCCCUUUGCGCCGGCGACCGAGGCAGACGACCGUCAUCUUUUUUCACAUCUGCAAUAUGAUGUUGCAUCCCCCGACGGAGCCUCCGUCGUAGGUGGCAUCCGUCCUUCAGCGAAGGAGAUUGAGUUGGCCACCGUCUGCGAGAGAGUCUCUUAUUACUACGUCCGGAAGUGGAGAUCGGAGAUCAGUGAAGAAGAGUGGAGGAACGGUCAAGAACAUCACUUGAUGCUUCGGGACUAUGUAAACCACACGUUCGACAUGGCUUCUAACGGAAGGCAUCCUUGUGUUCAGAAAGAAUGGUCGCAAGAUACCAAGGAGGAAAUCGAAGCACUGGUCAGCAGAUUUUCGGACAACGUUGAUGUACGGCUUAUUGCGGCCGUUGGUGAAAAUAUCCCUGCUGCCGUGCGAGGAGAAACAACGAUCUUGGAGCAUAUGCUCCCAGACAACAUGCUUGAUGACUUCUAUAAGAAGGGUCUCGGCUUUCAGCGAUAUAAUUCCUUCUUGGCCGGUAUGAUGAAGCAGAUGAUCCACCGCUAUCCUCACGCCAGAAUUCUCGAGAUAGGUGCUGGAACGGGCGGAGCGACAAAGUCGGUCCUGGAAAGCAUUGGAACCUCGUUCUCUUCAUAUACGUACACUGAUGUGUCAGUGGGCUUUUUUCAACAAGCCUCGGAGCUGUUUAAGGCGUAUCGCAACCAGAUGAUAUUCCAGGUCCUUGAUAUUGAGAAGUCUCCAUCCGACCAAGGCUAUGAGCCACACUCAUAUGACAUCGUCAUCGCCUCCAAUGUUUUACAUGCCACCGCGUCGCUACAAAGGACACUAGAGCAUACGAGGCAGCUUUUGAAACCUGGCGGAUAUCUGAUGCUAUUAGAGUUGACCAACAACGGCCCGAUCCGCUUCAGCAACAUCAUGGGCGGCCUUCCUGGCUGGUGGCUCGGAGUGGACGAUGGCCGUAAAUACGCGCCUACCAUUACCCCCGGGCAAUGGCAUAGCGUCCUUCGCAACACUGGCUUUGGGGGAAUUGACGCCAUCACCCCUGAGAUCGACCGACUGUCUUGGCCAUUGUCUAUCAUGAUGUCACAGGCCGUGGAUGACCGAGUACAUUUUCUUCGACGUCCUUUACUGAAGUCUUCGUCUUCAAGCAAGAUUCAUAUUGAGAGUCUUGUCAUCAUGGGCACUGAGAACCUCGAAUGUGCUCGUAUUGCCGAAGAGUUAGAAGACCACCUCGGCGCGUUUUGUGACCACAUCACUAUUCUCAAUGGUCUUCCCACCGAGAAUGAUGCGAUUUCGGUUCCUCCGAUGAGUGCAUUCAUCAAUCUUGUUGAUAUUGCGUCUCCGAUUUUCAAAGAUAUGACGGUCGAGAGGAUGGAAGGUCUAAAGCGGCUUUACGAAUUGGCACGGCACAUACUCUGGGUUACUGUUGGUGCCCAGGGUGAGGAGCCAUACCACAUGGCAAGCAUUAGCUUCAGCCGAGCGAUGGGGCAUGAGGCAGGACAUAUUUGUCUAAAUCAUCUGGAUAUGUCGGAUCUCGAUCAUAAUGUCUCCAGGGUCAUCGCUGAGGAGCUCUUGCGACAGAGUGCCCUUGAUGAAUGGCAGUCUUCACCCAGCCAGAACCACAAGCCCUUGCUUUGGUCCAAGGAGCCGGAGACCUUUUACAAUCGUGGACAGUUUAUGCUUCCUCGACUGAUCAGCAAUCCUGAUCAAAACGCUAGAAACAACUCGGUGCGGCGUGGCAUUACCAAGGCUGUGCGUACCUCGAACUCAAACAUUGCCAUUUUACCGUCUUCGAAUUCGACUUUUUCGCUGGUUGAGCAAGCUCUACCACUGCUAGGGGAAGAAAGCCAGAAUCUGGUGAGAGUUGAAAGUUCAAGUAUGAUGGCGCUCUGUGUCGCACCAGACACGUUCCUGUUCCUGGGCAUCGGCAAGAUUAGUACCACAGGUGAAACCGUGAUCACACUUUCAUCUUCGAACUCAAAUGAGAUGGUUCCGCUCGCCAAUAUACCUGUCCAAUUUCCUCAUUCGGCUGGACAACUUCUCGUCGCUGUUGCAAGCGAGCUUCUUUCUGCCUCUCUUAUCGAGACUAUCCCCCGUGGUAGUAGCAUUGUGAUCCACUGUGGCAACAGUGAUCGCUUCUUGAUUGCUGCCAUAUCUCGAAGAGCAGCGACCAAAGGAAUCCGCUUGAGAAUAACCACCGACUCAGACAAUGGCGACGAUGCACGAGAGCCUGGCUGGCUGGGUCUGAGUGCUCGGAUGCCGAGGCAAGCUCUCCGGCAGCUUCUGCAUACGGCCAGACCUACCCAUUAUCUUGAUCUCACGGAAGGAGUUUCUGACCUGAGCCACAGUAUCACUGCAAUCCUGCCCGUGGGCCACAAGAGAAUUGAGCUGAGUGAUCUCACCCGACACGGUUCGUUACUGUCAUGCGAUGUCGAGGCACUGGCUAGUAGACUGGAGCACAGUCUUGCCAGCAUGCCCAAUACCUCCGAUGCUCGAAUUCAAGAUUUGGUUGUCCAUAUUGAUCAAAUUCGGGGCCAUCGCCAGCCUAGCAGGAUGAGUGUCGUCAAUUGGGAGACAAGUGACGAAGUCACGGUGGAAGUUCGACCUCUCGAUGCACGUCGCCUCUUCUCUUCCGACAAGACCUACAUCCUCUUUGGGCUUUCAGGCCAGAUUGGUCAGUCACUCUGCGACUGGAUGGUAUCUAACGGCGCUGGCUGCGUAUGCCUGACAAGCCGCAACCCCAAUGUCGACAAGGCCUGGCUCAAGACCUUUGAAGGGAAGAACGCGACCGUCAAAAUCUAUUCCAUGGACAUGACGGAUAAAGCCUCCUUAGAACGAGUUGUUAGCGACGUCCGGGCCACCUGCCCGCCCAUUGCUGGUGUCGCAAACGGAGCGAUGGUCCUCAAAGACACGCUCCUCUCGAAGAUGUCUGUGGAAACAAUGCGAGCUGUUCUAGGGCCAAAGAUCGAUGGUUCACGCAACCUCGAUGAGGUCUUCUACGAUGAAGCUCUUGAUUUCUUCAUUCUGUUUUCGUCAUCAGCAUGUGUUAUUGGCAACUCCGGUCAAUCAAACUAUGCCGCAGCAAACGGGUAUCUGAAUGGUCUUGCUAAGCAAAGGCGCAAGCGUGGCUUGGCUGCCUCGACUCUGGAUAUUGGCCGUGUUGCUGGUAUUGGAUACAUCGAGACGGCUGGUCAAGCUGUCCUGCAACAGUUAACACGGUUUGGCCUCAUGGCUAUCAAUGAGCCCGAGCUGCACCGAAUGUUUGCGGAAACCGUUCUAGCCGGAUAUCCCAGACUUAACGACAAAGCAAACAUCCCUGAUGCUGUCGUGACGACUGGUAUUCGGACUAUCCGCGAUGACGAAGACAUUCUGGGGCCCUGGUUUGACAACCCUCUUUUCUCUCAUUGUAUCAUCGAGUCCAGAGAUACCCAGGUAGCCCCCGAGAAUCAGGUCAAGAAAAUCUCUCUCCCUGUGGCUGAACAGCUUGCGAGGGCAUCAACCAUGGAGCAGGCCCUUGAUAUCGUGAAAGAUUGUUUCACUGCGAAGCUGCGCAUCAUUCUACAGGUUUCUGACGAGACAAUCCACCACGAUACGCCGCUGGUGGAGCUUGGGCUUGACUCGUUGGUCGCUGUCGAGGUGCGAUCGUGGUUUCUCAAGGAAUUGAAGGUAGACAUACCAGUUUUGAAAGUUGUUGGGGGUGCAUCCGUGACAGAGCUCUGCGAGCAAGCUCUCAAGAAGCUGCCUGAAGGCAUGCUCUCAGCCAUUGGAGAAACAAAGGAGACUCCUGAGCCAGCUGCUGAGCCGUCUCCACCAACACCAACCGAAACCCACGUCACCGGCCCCAGUACAGCAUCGAUUUCCAAUUCGGCUCCUGCUAGCAUUGAUUCUGAUCAUGAGGGCAACCUCACACCACCAUCCUCAGCGCAGCUGUCCUUGGCGUCAUCCUCUGAAAACCUCAGAGAACUGGCAACCCCACAGACGGUAGCCAAAACCUCGAGAAAAUUCCUCAAGAGUGAGCAGAUCUCGUUCGGACAAUCUCGGUUUUGGUUUCUGAGGCUUCUGCUCGACGAUCCGAAGACAUCGAAUGUGGCCUUCUACUACCACAUCACUGGUAAUCUACGUAUCGGGGACAUGGAGAGAGCGAUUCGUCUUGUCACUGCCAGACAUGAAGCGCUGCGGACCUGCUUCGUCGCAGAUGAGACCCAAGCUGACCGAGCCUACCAGCAUGUCAUGAGCAGCUCUCCAUUACGACUCGAAAGGAAGGAAAUCCAGUCCAUCAGCGAUGUGGCUAGUGAAUACGCCAAGCUGCAGGAACACACGUUUGAUCUGGAAAGUGGCGAUUUGAUUCGGCUUGUGCUGCUAUCGCUAUCACCAACAUCUCAUUUUCUCCUCGUCAACUACCAUCAUAUCAUAAUGGAUGGUGUGAGUUUCCAAGUCCUACUCUCUGAUCUUGAAAAGGCAUACGAAGGCGAGACUAUGGGGGCCCCUCCGCAACAAUUCCCUGCCUUCUCGGCUGCUCAGCGCGAGGCCUUCGAGACGGGAGAGAUGAACGAAGACUUGGAGUACUGGCAGAGCGUGUUUCCCAAGGGCGAGCAGCCCCCUGUUCUGCCACUUUUACCUAUGGCACGAACCAGCUCCAGGAUUGCGAUGAAGAACUUUGCCGUUCACCAAGUAAGAAGUCGAUUGGAACCGGCAUUGGCAGCACGCAUCAAGUCAGCCGCGAAGUCUCAGCGAUCCACCCCCUUCCACUUUUACUUGGCUGCAUUCAAAGCAAUGCUAUUCAGCUUCACCGACGUGCAGGACUUGACAAUUGGUAUUGCUGAUGCCAAUCGAACCGACAAUACGAUGGGCAGUAUUGGUUUCUUUUUGAAUCUUCUGGCCUUGCGAUUCCGUCGCCAGCCGAACCAAACCUUCAAAGAUGCCAUAGCUGAGGCUCGCGGUACCGCCUACGCGGCACUGGCACACUCCCGUCUCCCGUUCGAUGUGUUGCUUAAUGAGUUUCGCGUGGAUCGUUCUUCCUCGUACAGUCCUUUUUUCCAGGCUUUCUUUGACUAUCGCCAAGGCGCACAAGAAACGCAUGCUUGGGGCAAUACGCAGUUCACAUUCGAGGACAUUCAUCCGGGACGCACCUCAUACGACAUCACGCUGGACAUCACAGACAAUGCCACAGAUGCCCUGAUCAUGUUCCGGGUUCAGAAGAGUCUUUAUGAUCUCACCGCAGCUAACCUUCUCUUGGAGACCUACGUCCACUUUCUCGAUACACUCUCUACCGAUGUGUCGAUCCGGUUACAGGAUACCCCUCUCUUUGGUGAGAAACAGCUUGCGAAAGCCACCAUGAUCGGGCGCGGCUAUAACUUGGUUUCGGAUUGGCCGUUGACCCUUCCCCAUCGCAUUGACCAAGUGGCUCAGAACAAUCCAAACAAAACAGCUCUUGUCGAUGGGAUCGGCCAAGACUUGAGCUACUCCGACAUGGUCAAUCGAAUUGAGGCCAUUGCUGAGGCUUUGCAGGGCGCCGGAAUAGGGCCUGGCUCGCGGGUGUUGGUGUUCCAAACCGCCGCUUCUGACUGGGUUUGCUCCAUGCUUGCCAUCAUGCGCAUUGGAUCUAUCUAUGUCCCGCUGGACCUCCGGAAUCCUUUGUCCCGUUUAGCAUCUGUUGCAGUCAAUUGUGGCCCCGGCGCAAUUCUCGCCGAUCAUACUACUCUCGAUGAUGUACCACGCUUAGACGUGCCAUCUGCCUCAGUAAUCAACGUAUCCAGCCUUGGACACAAACCGUCAACUCCAGUUCCCAACACUGCUCAGGCAAACUCUCCGGCAGCCAUCCUCUACACGAGUGGCUCGACGGGCGUUCCCAAGGGGAUUAUCGUUACCCAUGCCGGUCUGCGCAAUGAAAUCGAAGGCUACACGAAGACGUGGGAACUCGGCGCGGAACGAACUCUGCAACAGAGCGCUUUUACUUUCAACCACUCUUCGGAUCAGAUCUACACAGGUCUGGUCAACGGGGGCACAGUUUAUCUUGUCCCAUGGAGCAAGCGUGGUGACCCGAUCGAAAUCACCAAGAUGAUGCGAGAAAAUGACAUCACCUACACCAAAGCGACCCCUUCUGAAUACUCACUGUGGAUGCAGUUUGGAGGCGACAAUCUUUGUCAAGCUACAAAGUGGAGUCGUGCUUUUGGUGGCGGGGAGCCCUUGAACAGCAUCAUCACGGAGCAAUUCGCGAAACUUGAGCUGCCGCAUCUUCGGGUGUACAACUCGUAUGGUCCUACCGAAAUCUCCAUCUCAUCCACCAAGAUGGAGGUGGAGUACCGAAACAAGGGGAAGAUGGAAGACGGUCGCAUCCCGUGCGGUUACUCGCUUCCCAACUAUCAUACGUAUGUGGUGGAUGAGCAGCUAAGGCCACUCCCAGCGGGUAUGCCUGGAGAGAUCUGCAUUGGCGGUGCAGGCGUCGCAGUUGGCUAUCUCAACAAGGAACUAACCCGCCAGCACUUCAUUACCAACCCAUUCGCGACACCCGAGGACGUCAACCAGGGAUGGACCCGAAUGUACCGCACUGGUGAUAUCGGACAUCUCCAGGACAAUGGGGCCAUGGUGUUCCACAGUCGCAUGGCAGGUGAUACGCAGAUCAAGAUCCGGGGAAUUCGGAUCGAGCUGAGCGAUAUUGAGAGCAACAUCAUUUCGACCGCGGAGGGUGCCUUGAAAGAGGCCGUUGUCACUCUGCGCGAGGGCAACCCAGAUUUCCUUGUCGCACAUGUUGUUUUCAGACAUGGGCAUGAAGUCACGGAUCAGGAAGCUUUCCUCCAGCAGCUGCUGAAUCGGCUCCCCAUCCCGCAAUACAUGAUUCCAGUCCUCGCAAUCCCACUCGAUACGCUUCCCUUGACCAAUCACUCCAAGGUUGAUCGCAAAGCUCUCAAGCACCUGUCACUACCUCAGCGAACUGGGGAAACUCCGACCAACGAAGCGCUGACGGGUACCAUGAUGCAGCUCAAACAGAUCUGGGAGGAUGUCCUUGGGAACUCGGGGUCAAGCUUUGAGAUCACCCCAUCUACCAACUUCUUCCGAGUGGGCGGUAACUCCCUACUGGUUAUCCGUCUGCAGCAAUACAUCCGCCAGGGAUUCAAUGUCGUGAUCCGCCUCGUCGAGCUCCUUGGUGCCAGUACCCUGGGUGAUAUGGCGCGCAAGAUCGAAGAAAGUAUCCAGAUUGAGCUGAUCGACUGGGAGGAGGAAACUCGUCCUCCUUCUAUUCCUGACUUUCUUCAAGAUGUUUCUGGAGCCUCUGCUGGCCAGCAAAGUCCUAAGACAAUCUUGGUGACCGGAGCAACUGGGUACAUAGCCAGAUACCUUCUCCCUCAGCUAUGUGCAAACCAGGAUAUUGAGACGAUAUAUUGCGUCGCCGUACGAGACAAGCAAUCCCGAAGCCCCGGUGACAUCUAUCGCUCUUCCAAGAUCGUGUCCUUUGCAGGUGACCUGACUGCGCCUCAGCUGGGCCUUUCCGAUGAGGACUGCCGCUUUCUCUCCAGCAAGGUCGAUACCAUCAUCCACAUGGGCGCUCUCCGUUCCUUCUGGGACAACUACCAUUCCCUCCGACCGACCAACGUUCAUCCCACCAGGGAGCUAGUCAAGCUCGCCACUCCACGCCGGAUCCCUAUCCACUACAUUUCCACAAUGGGAGUUCUCUCCGAAGCAACAGGAACCGAUGCUGUCUCCGCCGCAUCCUGUAUCCCCACGACAGACGGCACAAACGGUUACAUCGCAUCCCGCUGGGCCAGUGAGCAAAUCCUCGAACGCUCUACAACAACCCUCGGCGUUCCCUCUUCCAUUUACCGCUUCCUCCCUUCCGCACAAGUGUCCUCUCCACAGGAAGUCCUGGAUGAAUUCUCCCGCUUCGUCGACAUCUCUGGUAUCAUGCCAGACAUGAAUGGCUGGGAAGGACGAUUUGACCUCGUCCCAGCGACACAGAUUGCUAGCUGGUUAUCUGAGUCAGUCUGUGCGCAGACUCCUGGUGGUACUAAGUUCUCGCACUGCGAAAGCGAGAUCGCGAUUGACGUGGAUGUGUUGAGAGAGCACCUGGAAAAAGAGAAAGGCGGCCAAGGGCUAGAGAGAAUGGCUGGACUGAAAUGGAUCGGACGCAUCAAGACCCUUGGAUUCGGCUAUGUGUUGACAUCGCAAGAGAUCACGGUGGGAGGGACGCAUCAGUCCCGGAGGUGA